CUCAAUCUGCAUCUUCCGCAUUAACUCAAAAAGGAAGCAAAAGUUUUAGAUUUCGUCUUCAAGUUAACAUCGCUGUGAUUCUAAUCUUUCUCUCUGGUGAAGUAGCUAGCUAUGGCGUACGUGGACCACGCGUUCUCGAUAUCGGACGAGGACCUAAUGAUUGGGACUUCGUACACCGUCAGCAAUCGACCGCCGGUGAAGGAGAUCUCGCUCGCGGUGUCUCUCCUCUUGUUCGGAAUCCUGGGAAUCGUCUCCGGUUUCUUCAUGGCGUACAACCGAGUCGGCGGCGAUCGAGGCCACGGUAUCUUCUUCAUAGUCCUCGGGUGUCUUCUGUUUAUCCCGGGCUUUUACUAUACACGGAUCGCAUACUACGCAUACAAAGGAUACAAAGGUUUCUCCUUCUCAAACAUACCCUCCCUUUAACACGCUCUCUUCUUUCUUUCUUUCUCCAUGUUGUAUAGUAGUAGUAGGUGGUUGUUGUUUCUGAGGGCAGUUUUUUAAUAUUGCUUAAUGACUAGUGUGAUGAUUGUUUACAUGACUUGAAUGAUCCGAUCCCUGUUUGAUUUGUAAUCUCUUUUAAUUUCUCAUUCUCUAUGUAAACACAUACUACUUUGUCCUUUGUUAGAAAAAAAACAACUAGUUUUUAGUUGAUGAUA